GGGCGCAGGGAGCGAGCUGUGCUGGUUGGUGGGUGGGGGAAGGAAAGGAAGAGGAGGGGGCGGCGAGCGGCUGGACGGAUCCGCGAAACCGCAGGCAGAGAGGCGCGUUCGGGUACCCCCGUCGGCCGCCGGGCAGGGCAAGAGAAGUGAAGGAAAGUUGCCCGGCUCGGGAUGCAUUCGGAUUGCCGGCUGCUGCGCAGGAGACGCGGGGUAUGGUGAGCAGCCCGGAGCGCCCGCUCCCCCAGGGGACCCGGCAGGCGGUGGCCUCCCUCUUGCUGCUCCUGUUGCUCAGGCGGGAUGCUGCGGCUCAGAAAGGUGACGGAUGUGGACAUACUGUUUUAGGUCCUGAAAGUGGGACGUUUACAUCUAUUAACUACCCGCACGCCUAUCCCAAUAGCACAGUGUGUGAAUGGGAGAUUCGAGUAAAGCCUGAGCAGAGAGUGCAGCUCAAAUUUGGGGAUUUUGAUAUUGAUGAUUCAGAUUCUUGCCAUUUUAAUUAUGUGAGAGUUUAUAAUGGAAUUGGACCCACAAGGACAGAAAUAGGAAAAUACUGUGGUUUAGGCUUACAGAUGGACAAUUUAAAUGAAUCAAAGAGCAAUGAAGUUACAGUACAAUUCAUGAGUGGCAUACACUUUUAUGGACAUGGAUUUCUUGCAUCUUAUUCAACCACUGACAAAUCAGAUUUAAUAACAUGUUUAGACACUGCAAGUCACUUUUCUGAGCCAGAAUUCAGUAAAUACUGUCCAGCUGGAUGUGUGCUUCCUUUUGCUGAAAUUUCUGGGACUGUUCCUCAUGGCUAUAGAGAUUCGUCUUCACUUUGCAUGGCUGGUGUGCAUGCAGGAGUGGUGUCCAAUGUUCUAGGAGGUCAGAUUAACGUUGUAAUCAGCAAAGGCAUUCCAUAUUAUGAAAGUUCACUGGCUAACAAUGUCACAUCAAAAGUAGGACCACUGUCUUCAGGUCUCUUCACUUUCAAAACUAGUGGUUGCUACGGGACCCUGGGAAUGGAGUCUGGAGUAAUUGCUGAUUCGCAGAUUAAUGCAUCAUCAUUUCUAGAAUGGCCUGAGCAAAUGGGUCAGCCAAGCAUCUGGAAGCCAGAAAGGGCCAGGUUGAAAAGGCCUGGACACUCUUGGGCAGCUUUUACCAAUGAUGAAUAUCAGUGGUUGCAGAUAGACCUAAAUAAGGAGCAACGCAUUACAGGUAUCAUUACUACUGGCUCCACCUUAGCAGAGUACCAUUAUUAUGUCUCUGCCUACAGGAUUUUGUACAGGAGUGAUGCACAGAAGUGGACCAUAUACAGAGAACCUGGUGUUGACAGGGAUAAAGUAUUUCAAGGCAACACUGGGUAUUAUCAAGAAGUCCGCAAUAACUUCAUUCCACCCAUCAUUGCUCGUUUUGUUAGAAUAAAUCCUUUGAAGUGGCAUCAGAAAAUUGCAAUGAAAGUAGAACUGCUAGGAUGUCAGUUUAGUAUUGUGCGGGCUCCAAGACCUACAGUACCGCCACCACCUAAGAACAGCAAUGACUUUUCCUUGCACGCUGAUAAAACAACCUUCACUCCUGAGAUCAAAAACACUACAGUAACUCCAAGUGUAACCAAAGAUGUGGCAUUGGUAGCUGUUCUGGUUCCUGUGUUGGUCAUGGUCUUUACCACCCUCAUUUUGAUCUUAGUUUGUGCCUGGCACUGGAGAAACAGAAAGAGAAAAUCAGAAGGAACCUAUGACAUUCCUUAUUGGGAUCGUGCAGGUUGGUGGAAAGGAAUGAAGCAGUUUCUUCCUGCCAAGUCUGCAGAGCAUGAGGAAACACCUGUUCGUUAUAGCAGCAGUGAAGUUAGUUGCCUUAGAUCAAGAGAAGUUACAACCAUGUUACAAACCCAAAGUGCAGAAUAUGCACAGCCACUGGUGGGAGGAAUUGUUGGCACACUUCAUCAGAGAUCAACCUUUAAACCUGAAGAAGGAAAUGAAACUAGCUAUGAUGAUAUGGAUCCUUACAAUUCACCUGAACAAGAGAUUUAUCAUGCCUAUGCUGAACCACUACCAAUAACUGGACCAGAAUAUGCAACACCAAUAGUGAUGGAUAUAUCAGGUCACCCUGCAGCUCCUCCGGGCAUUUGUGCUGUAUCUACUUUCAAGGCUUCAGGAAAUCAAGCCCCUCCCAUAGCGGGUGCAUAUAGUAAACUUGUUUCCAAGUCUGAUAGUUCAUCACCUACACGUGUCCUCUAUGACACACCCAAAGGGAUGCCAGGACUCAAUCCCACAGAUGAAUUGGUAUACCAGGUACCACAGAACAUGCCACAUUCCACAGAAAAUAAAGAAGAGGUUAGUUAGAGAACAUGACUUUUCAAAAAUUAAAUACUUUGGAGUUGACUUUAUGUGUUGAAGAAAAAUGUGAGACUUGAGGCUCAGAAAAAUGAGUAAAUUGCCCUUUUGAGGGUCUAUACACAACUACUGCUUUUCUGUUCAUAGAAUAAUGGGUUUUCCGUUCACUACUGAUGGGCACUACAUUUUUUGUUAGACAGGCGCGAAAAGCUUUCAGAGAUACCGAGUGUAAACGCAUAUUGUACAUUAAUUAAUAAAAAAUAUGUAUGGCUCACAAUCUAAAAAAAAAAGGUACUAUUCUGGACAUAGAAAAUGUCUUUGAAGUUGCUGAAUCCAACAUAGCCAUUUCAAAUUAAUUAAUAUCUGAUAUUUACAAAUUCAUGAGGCUAUACAUUGUAAAAGUAAACUGAUUAUUGUAUCCCCUAUAACAGGAAUGAGGCAGUUAUUACUUUUUAUUUUUACAUAAGUAAAAUUGAUCCUUAAAAUGAACUAAAGCUGAUUUCACUGAUCUGUUUGAUGAAAUCAAUUGGUAGUGUAGAAGUACCUGAAAUCUCUGGCAAAUAUGACUUGCUAUAUGCUAUCAAUCACUCUCUGCUGAUCCUUUUGGGGUAGCUUCAUACAAAUAUUAUUUUCCCUACUUGUGUAAAACACCGGCGUGCUCUCUUCUCCAUUUACUAGGAGGAAAGUUCUCCAAAUAAAUAUUCAGAGACAGGGCUGAACUAGGAUGCACCUGCCACUCCUUCCCUAAGGCAGCAUUUUAAUUACCUUUGCAGCAAACAGUCACAGGUUCCAGAUAUUGUCUGCUCACAAACUCAUUAGAUGGCUUUAUCUCUCAGCCUCAUCACUCCAUGUACAAAUAGGGACAUUAAAAAGUAAUCUAUUUUACAGGACUGUUCUAAGGAGUAAUGUGACAACGUGUGUAAAGUAGUUCAAAUAGUGAAAACACAAAAUAUAUACUGUAACACUAAAGGGGCCUUAUUGGGGACCCCUUGGCUGCAAACAUUGUUUUCUCAGCUAAAAAUGUAAUUUCUGAAAAAUACACAAACUCUCCCCUCCUAUGAUGUCCUCAGCAGCAAAAAAAAAAAAAAAGGUUGACAGUAUUUAGAGUAAAAGGACAAAUAUUUUAAGAAGGAAGACAUGUAUUCCUUUCUGUAAAACAUAAGCACACGACUAUAAUGUGCAUGUAUGUGUGGGUGUAAAUCAGGGUUUCUGUACAUCCAGAGAUGCAUAGUUUUUUCUCCCAGUAUGACUUUCGGUAUAUGCCUUAAGAAAAAGCAUAUGUACCUUGAUGCUAUGGAAUCUUUUAAAUGUGAAAUCUGCUGGCCAUUAGAUAAAAUGUUAGCAAUUCUUUUUAAAGUGUUGGCAUUUCAUGUAAUAUUACACAUCAAGAGUAUUAUUUUUGACCCCCGAUUCUGCAGAUUGAAUUAUCUGCAGCUUUUUCAUUUAGAACUAAAAGGUACUUCACCUCCUAGUGAAUUUUUCCCCAAGGUUUAUAUACUUGAACCAGUUAGUGACUGUGCACAAUGAAAAUUAUUAAAAAUAUAGUUGUAUAACAUACAAGCCAAUUUCCCUUUUGCCAUGUUUAAAUGUGUAUUGUUUUUUUAAAAAGCACACUAGGGUGACAGGAAAACAAUGCUGUUUUUAUUGUAGUAUAACAGCACUGUAGUGAUGACAUAGUAUAGGAAAAUGUGAUAUCCCUCUCAAUGCAUAGCCCAGUUUUAUGGACUUUGUGAUGAACAUAUAAUUCAAAGAACAUUGGGUGAUAUUCAGUUUGUCUGUCUGCUUGCGGAAUGAGAUUUCCCUUUCCUCUCCUCCCUUGCACACCCACCAAAUCUGCUGCAGAGGGUUUGGGGUAUCAGCUGGAGAAGAUAGGGGGUGCAGGAGAGGAAACAGAAAUUCACUCAUGCUGUCUUGGUUAUUACCCAUUUGUACUUUUUAUGUGGUCUUUACUAUUGAAUGCACAAUAUAUCGCUAGCUAGCUAGCUAGCUAGCUGAUAAGAUAAAUCAUGACAAUCACAGCUCGUAAAUGUGAGUAGCGCAGCCUUCCCCGACCUGGUAUCCUCCAGUUGUGGACCAUGCUAGCUGGGGCUGAUGGGAGGUGAAGUCCAUAACAUCUCGAGAGCACCAGGUUAAGGAAAGUUGCCUUGGCCCAAUACUGUAUUUCAACAGCAUGGUAUACUUGUUUGCUCUGGUGCUUUGUUCCAUUUAUGUUGUUUAUUUAUAAAAAUGAUACAUAACUUAUUUUUAUUCUGUAAAGUACGGUACACCAAAGGCUAAUAACGUGGCCUAAGAAAACUUUCAGAAUAUGUGUAUAUGUAGAUGGUAUUCUAUGGUCUAUUCUAUAAAUUCUUGCUUUGUUGGGUCCAACUGAUAUGGGUAAAUAUACGCCAGAUUGAACUCAAUGAAAUUUGUGUUGAAUAUCUUAAACCCUACUCUGUCAGUGUCUAUCUCUGUUAGGUUCACUAGACUAAAUUGUUCUACUCUUUCAGAUCUGCAUCUUUGAAAACCAAACUGUAGAAAGAGCAUACUCAAAACAAACUGAUUUUUUUUCUCUUGUCAAAACCUGCUUCAUAUCUGGAAGUAAAACUCAAGAGAGUAACUCUUAAGUUCAGAGGGUAGCAUUUGUGUACCUUGCACAGCUGUCAGUCAUUGCAUAGUUCCUUAACUCUGUUCUUGGUUAAGAUUGGAAUCAGAAGUCUAAAUUCUUUAAAAAUCUGAGUUUGUGUAGUUAGCAAACUGAAUUAAUUUUAGUCAGAAUAAAAUAAUAUAUUUAUUUAUUAUCAGUAUUUAUAUAUCACUUUUCAGCACGUUACAAGUCAGUGUACCAGAUACUACAUUAAAAAUAUUCAAAUAAGCAAUGUCAAACUAUAAAAGUAAUGGCAUAACAGCAACAGGAAAACAAUCAUAGCUAAUUUCUAAAUGCCUGGUGAAUUAGAAGAACCUAAGUUUGGUAGAUACUACAAAUUAUUCUUAGAAGUGAAUUUUCUGUUCAGAUUCUAAACUUACGGUAGCUAUUCUUCAAAAAAAACUGAGGCUGCAAUCCUGUAUCCACUUACCUGGGAGUAGUAAGCCCAGCGAAUUCAGUGAGGCUUACAACUGAUUAAACAUGUAGCGGAUUGCACUCUGUUUUAACUUGAAUGUUGCCCCAGUUAGGGUGGCUUGGUGCACUUGUACCAUGCCAAAGUCUAGAACUCUUUCUCUCUCUCCCUCUGUGUGUGUGUGUGUGUGUGUGUGUGUGAUGUUUCUUACAAAAAUUUACAAGUAUGCAUACAAAGAACUACCAAAAGCCAUUGCAGGGCUGGAAUUGUACACACAAUUAUUUCUGGAAUUGUACACACAAGUAUAUAUGCUUAGUUUGAAGUAUUGCAGGUAUCCAAACCCACAAACUUCAUUAUAAGCCAGCCCACCCUCAACUCUAAGCUUGCCAGCACAUCAACCGUUACAAUAUAAAAGGAACUGUGUGAGCAGUUGAAUGUAUCAAAAUUAAAUGUGUCAGAUGAAAACAGCUUUCUUGAUUACUGCCCCUUGUUUUAGGCACUAAUUUAUUGAUUCCUGAAUGUAAGACACACAGCACAGGCAACUAUUGUACUAAGUGUUUUUUGUUUUUAGCCCAAUAUUGGUACUGUUUCACUGUAUACAAAGGAGUUUCUGUGUUAGCGCAGGUGAGAUGGAUGCAAAUAGUGUUGAGUGGUUAUUUUCCUAGAAUGUACUUUCUUACCUCAGCAUGUUCUGUAGUCACUCUGUAUUUGUAUAUGUUGCUAGAAUUUAGAUCAAAUUAAUAACAUUUUUUAUGUAUGUGUUAAAACCUUUUAAUAAAAUGCACAGUG